UAGAUAGCUGAUGCCGAUACAGAAGUGUACAGUGUGUAUACUGUAUAUGAUGGCGUGUGGGCAAGUGAUCACGUGAUGCGGAAGCAGGCUCCAGUUUCUUUUGUUCACAUCAAUCAAAGCGGACACGGACGGAGAGCUGCUGAAUCAGGAAAUCGUUGCUCUUUUGACUAAAAAUGCCACGCAAGAAGGUGACAGAUGUCUCUGGAAAUGGAUCCACGAAAAAGAAGAAAGCCAGCGGCAAAAGGAAAGAGCGAGACUUCAGCAGUGAUGACGAGUUUGACUACGAACAGGAGAACAACAAAAAGCCGGGGAAGCCCUCCUUCAAGUCCAGCCUGCAGCCCGUCACGGUGGCAGAUGAUGUGAAAGAGAAAAUUAAACUUGAAUGUCCAAAGGUUAAAGGUCAACUAGUCAUAUUUGGAGCCACUAACUGGGAUUUGAUUGGAAGAAAAGAGGUCCCCAAACAACAAGCGGCGUUCCGCAAUCUGGGCCAGAAUUUGUGGAGUCCGCACCGUUAUGGCUGUCUGAACGACGUGGUGGUUAGCUGUGUGAUUUCCGGCCCAUGUGCGGCUCACAGCCUUCUCAUCACCACUGAGGGCAAAUUGUGGAGCUGGGGUCGCAAUGACAAAGGUCAGCUGGGCCACGGAGACACCAAACGUCUGGACGCACCAAAAUUGAUCGAGGGCCUGGCAGACGUCAUGGUCGUGGCGGCGGCCUGUGGCCGUAAUCACACCUUGGCGCUCACGGAGGAUGGCGUCGUGCACGCCUUUGGUGAAAACAAGCUUGGUCAGCUCGGCCAAGGCAGCCAGACGGACGCCAUUCUCAGCCCGGCACCCAUUUCCUACAACGGCCAGCCCUUAGUGAAGGUGUCGUGUGGGGCCGAGUUCAGCAUGGUGGUGGACUGCAAAGGGAACCUCUAUUCUUUUGGCUGCCCUGAGUACGGACAGCUCGGCCACAACAGCGACGGCAAGUUCAUAGCUCGUGCGCAGCGCAUCGAGUUUGACUGCGAACUCAUCCCUCGCCGCGUUGCAAUCUUCAUCGAGAAGUCCAAAGAUGGCCAGGUCACACCCGUGCCCAACGUGGUGGUUCGAGACGUGGCCUGCGGAGCCAACCAUACGCUGGUGUUGGACUCCCAGAAGCGAGUCUUCAGCUGGGGGUUCGGAGGUUACGGGCGUUUGGGACACACUGAGCAGAAGGACGAGCUGGUUCCCCGCUUGGUGAAACUCUUUGACUUCCCUGGUCGAGGAGCCAGUCACAUCCAUACUGGCUACCAGUGCUCCUUUGCCAUCAGCGAGAGUGGGAGUCUGUUCUUCUGGGGGGUGACCAACACUUCCAGAGAGUCCACCAUGUACCCCAAAGCUGUGCAGGAUCUGUGCGGCUGGGAAGUCCGCAGUCUGGCCUGCGGGAAGAGCAGCAUCAUCAUCGCUGCAAAUGAGAGCACCAUCAGCUGGGGUCCUUCACCCACUUUUGGGGAGCUGGGCUAUGGCGACAAUAAACCGAAAUCCUCCACCACCGCCCAGGAAGUCAAGACUCUGGAUGGCAUUUACGUUGAACAGGUGGUGAUGGGUUACGCUCACUCCAUGAUCAUCGCCAGGCAGGACACACCGGCUGAGGAGGAGAGACUGCAAAAGCUCCCCGAGUACAACCCCCGAACAAUCUGACGGAUUUUUCAGUAAGAGGCCCCAGUUGGCGUGUCGGCUUUGCACACUUCUAUUCACGGGGCAUACGUUCCAACAAUCUGGAAGUUCUGAUCACAACGAACUGUUGAGACCAUGUCACUUGAGUGAAACCUAGUUUACGUCAAGCACUUCUGCCUCUUCUUUCCCAAGACGUGCUUCCUUUCCCCUUUUGUUACACGCUCACUCAUUUGUUUCAUUGUCUUAUAUGUUGCAAUGUUUGAGAAAUAUGUCCAAUUUACGGGUGCUACAGCUUGACCCCUCACCUCUGCAGGGACAGAUGCUCCAUACGAGUGCCUACAUUUUCCACGGCCCUAUUAUGGAAGUUGUCUUGCGUGGUCUCAACUUGGUAACAUUCCUUCAGUUAUUUUUCACAUUAGAUCAAUGUUGAGACUAUCGUCUUUAACGAUUGCAAUAGGGGCCAAUGCUGUACGUUCAAAGGUAUUUGAGCUGGGGAAGGUGGGACUUUUAAGUUUGUUGUUUUAAUCAGGAUAAGGUGUUUUUACUUCCACCUUUCACUGAUCUUAAUAGUGUGCAUUGUUCUGGUUACGUUUUCAUUCCAAUUAAUAAAAAUGGUGUAAAUUGA